AUGGUUGUUGACACCACAUACUAUGAGGCCCUCGGUGUCAAACCCGACGCUUCAGAAUUAGAAAUCAAGAAAGCAUACAGAAAGCUAGCUAUUAUCACUCAUCCGGAUAAGAACCCCGGCGAUGACACCGCUCACGAGAAAUUCCAAGCUAUUGGCGAAGCAUACCAAGUCCUCAGCGACGAAGAGUUGCGCAAACGAUAUGAUAAAUUCGGAAAGGAUUCUGCGCAACCUGGCGAGGGAUUUGCGGACCCGGCAGAGUUCUUUGGAACGAUCUUUGGAGGGGAGGCGUUCGUGGAUCUCAUUGGAGAGAUUACUUUGAUGAAGGACUUGACGAAGACUAUGGAUAUUACUAUGCAAGAAGGCGUGGAAGAGGAAGAAGAGUUCCCAGGAACUGAGGCCGCGAAACAGGAGAGUAUGGCUGCAGGAGAUGAAAAGGCUGGACCAUCGACGACAGAUGCAGAUGGUAAAACUACCCAUGUUCCCGCCGCAUCUGUUUCUGAGACUCCAGACAGUCCUUCGCCCGCAUACUCGGAGAAGCCACCAGUUGUCCCUAGCCCUGCCGCAUCGGGAACAUCAACUCCUAGGCGUACACAGAUUCCUCUCCGACCAGCCAUCAUGAACCAAACUGAAGAAGAGGCUCAAAUGGCUGCCGCAGGGAUCACAGAAGAGGAGAAAGAGUUGAGGAAGAAAGAGAAGAAGAAGGGUGGUCUCUCCAAGGCCCAACGUGACGAACUCGCAGCGUACGAGAGAGAACGUGCUGCAGCUCGCAAAGAGCGAGUCGACACAUUGGCAAAGAAGUUGAUCGAUCGUAUUAGCAUAUGGACAGAGACAGAUAAGGGACCUGAUGUCACCAGGGCUUUCCAAGAGAAGACACGCCUCGAAGUAGAGAACCUCAAGAUGGAAUCUUUCGGUCUGGAUAUUCUCCAUGCGAUCGGUCAAACUUAUCUUCAAAAAGCUACCGGACUGCUCAAAUCCCAGAAAUUCUUAGGCAUUGGCGGGUUCUUCUCGAGAUUAAAGGACAAGGGAACUAUCGCAAAGGAAACCUGGAACACUAUCUCCAGUGCUAUCGAUGCGCAAAUGACCAUGGAGGAAAUGGCCAAGAUGGAAGAAAAGGGUGGCGAGGACUGGACUGACGAGAAGAAAGUCGAAUAUGAGCGUCGCGUCACAGGAAAGAUUCUCACAGCCGCAUGGCGUGGAAGUAAAUUUGAGAUUCAAGGUGUUCUCCGGGAUGUCUGUGACGAGAUUCUCAACGAUAAGAAAGUUCCCAUGGCGAAAAGACUUGAGCGUGCUCAAGCUCUCGUUAUUUCUGGUGAAAUCUACUCCAAGGCUCAACGCAACCCAGAAGAAGAAGGCGAUUACAUGGCCUUUGAACAACUAGUCGCCGAGGCAGCCGCAAAGAAGGAGAGCAAGAAAAAGGGAAAAGAUAAGAAAGAGCAUGGUCAUCAUCAUCAUCACUCACACUCAGAUGCGCAAGCCGCUGCGGAUGAUUUACCUAACGUACCUAAAGCCUAA